UCCAACCUCUCAGAAAACACGGAAGUACACUCAGCUGAGAACACCUGCCGGAGAGUAUCAACAGUAAUCUGUUGUAUGUUGGACGAUUCUGGGCACCAUGAGCAGAAUCUACCAUAACCAACCCCUUGCAAAUCUACCAGUCGACAAUGUCAGUGUGAAGACAACAUGGGAUUCUGUGUUAGAGUGCACAAAAGACGGCCCCGGUGUGAUUCUGGAGGGUGUCAUCAAGGGCAAAGCAAGGUACUGCGUCACAGACAAGGACCUCAAAAAAGUGAGGUACUACGUCUUUCAGGUACAGACUCAGCGAGCUCACAGAAGGAAGUUUGAUAGCUCAGGGAAAGAGAUUGAACCAAAUUUUAGUGAGACGACCAAAAUAUCUAAAGGGUAUCUCAACUCCUCAUACAAAACAGAAGCCAAAGGCACCACAGACAAGUUGACAGAUCAAGAGUUAUCUGCCCUUGUGUCAAGUCCAGAACUGACCUCAAUCAGUACAAAGCAUAGAAUCCCAGGCAGUGUGGGCUUGUGGGUGGAGGAAGCUCAGCUGGACAAGAUGGAGCUGGGCACUGACGACUCAGUCAGGGUCAAGACACGGGGAAACAGUCCAUUUGUUUUGAGCAUUGGGAAGGUGGAGAAUGAGUCAGCCACCGUGUCCAACUACGCUGGUGGGGAGGCCGUGGGAGCGUCCUGGACAGACAAGAUCAUGAACAUCAAGUCAGCAGCCUCCGACACCACACCACAGGAGAGUGAGGUCGCAGAUGAUGAGUGGGAUGAUUAACAGUCUGCAGGAGGAUAUUACCAGCAACAAGAGACAGAUCUAGUCUUCCAUCACUUCACCUUACUAGACAGCACACACUGUACAGCACUGUUGUAGUCUAGUUCUACUCAUGUUUUAAUUUCUGGAUUAAAGAAGGCCCCUUGCAUCACG